AACGGAAGGGAAGAAGCACCUACGGAAAACCUCCGAUCCUUCAUACAAGACACUACCCUACAUGGUGUUCGAUUUCUAUUCAAUGGAAACUUUUUUAGGAGACUGAUUUGGACAGUGGCUCUCGGUUCUUGUUUCGGUUUCUGCGUCUAUCAAAUUGUUCAAGCAUUGACUGCGUAUUACAGUCGACCAUUCAUUACAAGAAUUACAACAAAAGGAGCAAAUAUAAACAGAAAUUUAACCUUCCCCGCGGUAACUCUGUGCAAUUUUAAUUUUUUUAAUCGGCGAAGGUAUAUUAACUUUAUGAAGACAAAAAAUAUGUUAGACAAUGAUGUCAUUGCACUUAAUUUUAAGGCCUUCGAAGCAAUGCUGGCAAAAUCAACAGAUGUUUUCAACACUCCGUCAAACAAAGAACAUUCGUACUUGUUCGACCGAAAAGGCUGCGAAGAUGGUUCAGAUAAUUGUUAUCUCACACUCUUUAGUCAUCGAAUUGAUGAAAUGCACCUUCCAAGCCCAACAUUUCAGUCUUGUGAAAUCAAUGGUUUUCCUUGCGACUCAAGAAACUUUUCAUCCUUUAUCAAUUCUGUGUUUGGCCAGUGCUAUACUUUCAACUCUGGAAAUUAUAACUUUCCUCUGAUAAAUGCUACCAUGGCAGGUCAUCUAAACGGCUUGGAGCUGCUGUUGCAUGUAGAAAGAGAUAGUUACCUGGAUAAUCCAAAAAAUCCCUUUGUGGGGCUUAUAGUUCUGGUACACGAUCAAAACACCUUUCCUUUCAUGGAACAGUUUGGUUUUGUAGUUCAACCUGGAGUUCGUAACCUAUGCGCACUGAAAAGGAAAGAGGUUAGUUAUACCACACUUAUUCGAAUGAGCGCCCAACCUCGAAUUAGCGCCCACCUCCAGUAAGCGCCCAUCCUAAAGGCAGACAAAGUUAAUAAGCGCCCCCCCCUCUACUCCCGCCCACAUAAACGCAAAUACGAGAUAAUAAGAGACCCUCCCGAAGACGGAGUUUUCUUCAGAGUAUUUUGCAGAAACCUUGCUUUGUUACAUCUCCGCUUUUUGUUAUUACCAUAUAUUGUUUUGUUGCAAAAUAAACAUACUGCACUUGCUGAGAGUGGUGUAAAUUUAAUAAGCACCCAGCCUCGAAUAAGCGCCCACUCUCAAGGUAAAAAAACUAAUAAGCGCCCAGGGCGGUUAAUCGAAUAAAUACGGUAUGUUUAAUAUAUUUCUGUCGUUUGCAUGCUCUAAGAAACUUAUUCCUGGCAGGUUGACCUACACUGAAAUAAAAAUGUGGACGAGGGGGUAAUAAUCAUAUUCUUUCCUAUCGAGCAUAUUUAUGGCUAUACUACUAAAUACUGGGUGCACUUAAGAAUACCAUCACAUUUGUAAAACUUCUUUUAUUUUCAGAUAAUAAACUUGCCAUCACCGUAUUUAGCCAACUGCACCACGAAAAACCUAGAAGGUCUUGGAAACAUCGGUUACACGGUUUAUUCCAAGCCGGCGUGUCUUAUGCGAUGUCUGACCGAGUUUGUCAUUAAAACGUGCGGCUGUCGUCCCAUAGAAAAUAAAGGUAAGAAGUGCCUAUUAGGGAGGAGAGAGACUAGGUGAAGAAACAGGUGCUUUGUGUGGACUCGUUUGUUCCAUUUUUUUAACACUCCUGUUUUAAGUGAAGAUAUGACCCUCGAACUGUUGUAAACGCAAUUUAAGCAAUUGCCACUUAACUGUAAAAACAUCUGACUGACAGUAUUUAAACUGCCCAUCUCAGUGGCCUCUUCCUUUCGCGUACGCGCUGCUGGGUAGUGGCAGCAACUGACAGCCGUUUCUUUUUUUUUAAAAAUAAUUUAUUUAUUUAAUAUCAUUCAACAUAACAUUACAAUAGACUUUACAGUAACAGGGCGGCCAAAAAAGGGGGUAAAACAGUAAAAAACAAACAAACAAGGAAAACAAAGCGAAAUACGAAAGUUUAACAGACUAACAACAACUCGAAAAACAAAUAGAAAAGUAAUAAUAGUGCGCGUUUGCUAAAUUACGAUAAAUCAACACUAACCAGAAAUGCACAGGGUGGUCCACUUAUUUCUGUAUUUGUUAAGAUUUCCGUUUGUUAUUGUAAAUUCCUCUUUCGCACUGGAUUUUAAUUUCCAGGAGAACAUUUUUUCUAGCUAAGAAAUAGUAAUAUCUAGCAAUUAAGAGAUAAUGGCUAAAAGUAUGAAAGCUGUUAGAUAAUGAAUAUUAAUAAAUAUUUUGCCGUCCAAAGUCCAGGCACUAUACUAAUGGUUAUCUUAUUUUCGUUCUAACUUUAGCAAACAACUUGCGCCUUAAAUAUGUUAGAUUUUCAUCGACAUAUACCACGUUUGUAGCAUAAAAAUACUGAUUUAGACUCACUGACUUUAGAUGUUUCCUAGCUUUCUACAGCUCAGUUUUCUUCUUAUGUGUUUUAAACCGAACCUUAUUAGGUUUGGAGCCGCUGCUGUUACGAGGUCCAGUUUUGUGACAAAUGACGAUAUCGGUGGGAGAAGUAUGCACGUUGACGACCUUUCCAAGCUUAACAACAUUUUCAGCAAUAUCUUUGCCUGUAGUUUCGGCAAUUCCAUGAAUCUCCAAGUUGUGUUUUCUUGUAUACUGUUCCACGUCAUCUACUUGGGUUAUCGCCGUUUCAGCAUCUUCGUAGAGGAUGUCGUCGACAUCUGCUCUUACCUCGACACUUAUCUUUAAGCUCUUUAUUUUCUUUUUUGAGAGACGUCAGUUCUGCAUUUUUAAUUGAAGUCUAAAUAUUCCUUUAAUUCUUCGUAUUGCCUUCUCAUAUCACAGCUUUCUUCCAAUAGUUUGUCUGUGUUCACACGAAUCUUGUUUAGGACUAUCCAGACGUUACUAUCGUUCUCUUUGUUGCUUAAAACUCUUCAAAAGUCUGCUUCGCCGACUUGGUUGGAGGUACCUCGGGCGAGCUUCCGCUACUAAACCUUUCAUCACGUUUUCUUCGUACCACAGAAGGUGCAUGUAUUACUGCUUUCCUCACUUUCUUUUCUUGACAUUUUAGGGCGGAGAGAAGAACGUUCUCGGAGUACACGAAAACACGUCCGCACAUCAUGCGAGUCUCCCCAGUCUCUCUGACAGCCGUUUUACCCUUCCUUGACAGUUAUGCCAUGCUGAUGAACCAAACAAGGGGGGAAACAACUAUCUAUGAUCAUGACUGUCUCUGCCCAGGCAGUCUGACUGUACGCAUGCAAGAUAUUAACCAUAUGAUACCCAGCUGAGGUUUGCAGUGUGACCAUUGCUUCAGACAGCUUCUGAGCAGAUUGCAAGUGUUUUGAUAAUCAUUUCAACAAGCUCUGUGUAUAGAGGCCUUAGAAAUGUUUUUGGCCACUAUUUACCCCGAAUUAAGUUAAUUAUUGUUGAUUAUAAUGAUCUUUAUGACAGCAAUACGUUGCAAAUAGAUCAAGAAUUAAAAACCAGCCGCUGACAAUGAAUUUACUUCCUCUUUAGACCCAACCUUUCCACUUUGCGCUCCAAAUGACACUGUGCUCUGUAUGUUUCCAGCAUACGGUGAGUGUUUGUUAGUUACUGAAUAGAAAAAGCAAUCAAUCCACUGGCCUCCAAAUGGCACAGAGAUCAUUAAGUCCGUAUAUUAACUAAUCAAUAACCCUUUACUGGGGCUGACGUGAGGUCGAUGUAUGGUCGACGAAAGGCCGAGAUAGGAUAGGAGGCUUUUAAAGCGACAAUGCAGUGUCAAUCAAAAAGGUCAAUGAGGGGUCUUUAAAAUCCUUAUUCACAACGUCAUUAACAUUAGUUUAGUCUAUACAAAGUUAAUUAAAUCCAAAAAAAUAAACGGCCUUAAUUGUCCCUACCAAUUUGAGACAUGGCCUUAACUAGCAAUCAGUAAAAGGAGAACAGCAAAGCUGCUAAUUGGUCAAUAAGCCUUAAAGAAAAGAAUUCAUUUUAAGGUGUGUUUUGUUUUGGGAUUUACUUUGAUAGAAUCAUUUGGAACCUCUAAGGAAAAGGAAAGGUGUGAAAACAGCUGCCCGGCGCCAUGCACCCACACGGAGUAUGAAAUAUCUUUAUCCUAUGCCGGUCUGCAGAGAAAUGUUUUCAUCAACAAACUGAAUGCAGCAUUAAAUGGCACCAACAACCUUCCAGCCUUCGAAAAUUUUAUCAACAUGUCAUACUUUGAAAAGAAGCUGUACAUUGAGUAAGUUUUUUACGAGUCUCUUCUAGUUUAAAAGUGUUUGCGAACAGGCUUUAAUUCCUGGACUAAAUCGUUUUUCAUUCCAUUUAAGUGUUUGCGCGGUGUUUUUGCUUCCUAACGAGACUUCCCUUUUCGCGUUUUGGUCUUGAAUGGUGACAAUCGAAGUAUUGCCUUUUGGAUUAAACUGCUCCCCAGGAAUAUUUAGCAUGCAUCUUGCAUAUUAGCAAUCACAGUGUGUUUCCCUGGACUAACGGAGCAAUGAAACUCGAACCAAAGUUCAGACAAGGGAUGCAAAUAGCCUAAUGACACAACCGCAAUCAAAAAGAGCUUUAAGCAAUAAGCAAAAUACAACGCUGGUAGACAUGUCAGACUGACAUGUGAUUGAUUAGUGCAUCAAAACUACUCUGAUUGACCUGCUGUAUACAUGCUGUUUUUUUCCAUCUAGUGACAACAUCGUUUCUCUCGAUAUCUUUUUCCAAGAUAUGGACUAUGAUGAGAUAACACAGACUCCACAGUUUACAGACUGGUCUUUAGUAGGUGAGUGAGAUGGAAUAACGUCAUGAACAAAAGUAUUAAUAAGAAGCAAAAAUUACGUAUAUACGUAUUCUCUGCAGUAAGUUGAGUUAGAGCAUGACACCCACCUGAAAAAAAAAAAAGAUGCUAUAACUGAUAGAAUCAGAAGCAUGCUUCUGAUAGAACAUUAUAAACAAUGCAAUCAGCCAGGUUUCUCUGAAACGAAUGACAAAUUAAAAUUUGCAAUCUUUAUCGGCAGUAUUAUAUCACAAAAGCGAUGCAGACGUACGUAUUGUUGGUCUUGUAGCCAAAAUUUAACACUCAGAAAAAAAGAAAACGAGAAAUGGCAUGAUAUUUAGUAGAUAACUGUAAUAAAAAAAAUAACUAAUUUUUAAGUUUUUUUUACUUUCAGCGACGUUGGGUGGCAACUUUGGUCUUUUUCUCGGCAUGAGUAUCCUAACAAUUUUCGAAUUUGUCGACUUUAUAUCCAGGAGAUUUUGCGCUUUCAUCAGCAAACAAUUUCAAGAGCGAAAGCGAAAUAUAAGGAUUGCUCCUGAAUGUUUUACUGAU